AUGGCGGCCGUUGUAUUACAUGGCAAUUUCAGUAUUGAAAUUUUCGACCCGACCACGACGGAGUGGGCGAGGUGGCUUCAGCGUUUUCAAGCCGCAGUAAAAAUUUUUAAAGUGCCUACGGAGCAACAAGUUCUGUACUUGCUACAUUUCAUUGGGACGUCGGCUUUCGAUGUCAUCUGUGAUAAAUUGGCGCCGGCGGACCCGUACACUGCGACCUUCGAUACAUUAGUGACGAGCUUAGCGGAAUUCUACGCGCCUGAGCCUCUAGAGAUCGCCGAAAAUUUUCGUUUCCACCAACGGAAACAAAAGGACGGCGAAAGUGUUAAAGACUACGUGGCCGCGCUACAUAAAUUAAGCGCGCGCUGCAAUUUCGGGGCGUAUCUGAAAACGGCUUUACGAAAUCAGUUCGUUUUCGGUUUGGCGAGCAGCCGGGCACAAUCAAGAUUACUGGAAAUAAAAGACUUAACGUUCAAGAAGGCGAUCCAAGUGGCUACCUCGAUGGAGCUAUCAUGUGGCGGUAGCCAUUUAGCUACAAAAUGUACUCUAGAUAGAAGCGUUAAAUGUCUUAAUUGCGGGACACCAGGCCACCUGCGCAAAGUGUGUAUGGCGGCGAAACGCGCACCGGCCAAUCAAGUAGAGGAAAUAUUAGUCGUAGAGCACUCGGAGUUCCGAGAAAAGUUUUUCGAGACAAUCACCGUUGAGGGCAAACCCCUGCGAUUCGAAGUAGAUAGCGGAGCUGCAGUAACCAUCAUUGUGGGCGUGGUACCCGUGAUGGUUAGCGGGCGAGGAACUAAAAUCAAAUUAAAUUUGUACGUUUCGAAUAUCGAGCGCGAACCAUUGUUAGGCCGUGAGUGGAUUCAGCAAUUGCACAUACGUCUAACGGAUACCGUUAAUACAAUAAAUACGUCACGUAGCGAUACGGAAUACAAAAUUACGGAGUUAUUACAACAAUAUCGGAAUAAAUUAGAUCCUCAUUCGACAAAAAUUAGAGGCUUACAAGCAAAGCUCACUCUGAAAGAAAACGCUAAACCGGUGUUUCUCAAAGCCCGUACCGUUCCUUUCAAAUUGUUACCUUUGGUCGACCAGGAAUUACAAGCGCUUGUUUCGAAAGGCGUCCUUGAGAAAGUAAACACGUCGAGAUGGGCUACUCCCAUUGUGCCUGUGUUGAAAAAAGACAAUACGGUACGCAUAUGCGGGGACUUUAGCGUCACGAUCAAUCCCUGUUUACUAAUAGACGAGCAUCCGUUGCCUACAACGGAUACACUAUUCGCGAAUAUGGCAGGCGGAGAGAAGUUCUCCAAGAUAGACCUGCAACAAGCGUAUUUGCAAUUAAAAGUUCGGGAAGAGGAUCGGGAAUUACUCACCCUCAAUACGCAUCGAGGCCUUUUUCGAAGCACACGUUUAAUGUACGGAAGCGCAUCAGCGCCGGCCAUUUGGCAACGUGAAAUGGAAAACUUGUUGCAGGGUAUCGAGGGGAUAACGGUAUUUCUAGAUGACAUUCGAGUCACGGGACCUACCAAGGAAAUUCAUUUACAACGCCUGAAACAAAAUGCAAAUGCGGAUUGUCUAUCACGAUUACCAAUGAGCACAACUACAACUGCGGAACGUGAUGUAGUAGAUAUUUACGAGAUAGGAAUGUUACACGAAAUGCCCGUAUCCGCGGAUAAAAUUGCUUGUGCUACAGAAAAAGAUGUGCAAUUGAAGAGUCUCCUAACGGCCAUACGCGAAAAGAAAGAGAUACCCGUACAAAUGCGUUUCAAUAUAAAUCAAGCAGCAUAUAGUGUACAACAGGGCGUGCUUUUGUGCAAUGGAAAGAUAGUAAUUCCUAGUAAACUGCGCGACCGAAUCCUCCGGGAAUUACAUAAAAAUCAUUUCGGGGUAGUUAAAAUGAAAGCGUUAGCUAGGAGUUUGUACUGGUGGCCUGGUAUAGACAAAGCGAUAGAGAAUUUAGCUAAGAAUUGCGAUAUAUACGCAUUUUCGAAAUGGCCUUUUGUGCGAAUAGUCAAAAACAUAACCGCGGAAACUACGAUUAAAAUAUGUAAGGAGAUUUUCACGGAUUACGGUAUUCCAAAAACUAUGGUCAUGGAUAAUGGCCGUAAAUUACAUUAUAAGAUUAAAUUGGAAGAUGGCAGGACCUGGGAGCGUCACGUCGACCAGAUCCGCAAGAGGGGAGAGCAAAGAAGCCGACACAUAGAACCAUACACGGGAGUUUACGAUUACGAACCAGAGGCGAAGGAAGAGCCAGCUGCACCGAGGGAUGCAGCGGAACCAAAUUGCGCUCAACGCGACCAAGAAGAAGAGCAAGGACCGGAAGCCUUGCAACCGACUCAGGCGAGGGAGGCAAGAGCCCCGGACCCGGGACAGCGAAGAGACCGACCCGUCCGAA